GCGUGUACUGGGAAAAAUUGUGUGCGCAACUAGAAGGUAAUGACCCAAAGACUCUCUCUCUAGGGUUUUACAAAUCGAAGUCACUUCUUCAUUCCCAAAUCAUCAUCUUGCGAUAUCUGUUGAUUCGCUAUUUCCCUAAAUGAUCGUAGCUUUCGGGGAGAGCGGAUCCAGGAAGCUAUGACGACCGCAGCUCAGUCUUUCAAUGGCAACUUGAAGAAAGCUCUUGCUGGCCUGAGACGUAUCAAUUUGGAUGGUUUGAGGUGGAGAGUAUUUGAUGCCAAAGGACAGGUCCUUGGGAGGUUAGCAUCUCAAAUAUCUACUGUUAUUCAAGGCAAGGAUAAACCAACAUAUGCACCUAAUCGUGAUGAUGGGGAUAUGUGCAUUGUGCUCAAUGCGAAGGAUAUUUGUGUCACAGGAAGGAAACUUACGGACAAGUUUUAUCGCUGGCAUACUGGGUACAUUGGCCACCUCAAGGAAAGAAGUUUAAAAGAUCAGCUGGCAAAGGAUCCUACAGAAGUUAUUCGCAAAGCUGUCCUACGCAUGCUUCCAAGAAACAAAUUGCGUGAUGAUAGAGAUCGAAAGCUGAGAAUAUUUGCUGGCAAUGAGCACCCAUUCGGUGACAGGCCUAUUGAACCAUAUGUGAUGCCUCCUCGACAAGUACGGGAAAUGCGUCCACGUGCGAGACGAGCCAUGAUUCGAGCUCAGAAGAAGGCUGAGCUACAAAAACAGGGUGGUGCAGACACUAGAAAAGGCAAAAAGAAGGAAGAGGAUACAUUAGAAAUAAAGGCAUGAAGAGUGUAGAUUUGAGAGCUGAAGCUUGGUUAUCUGUCCUGUAACUCAGAAGGGUUAUGUUGCCGUGGAAGUCAGUCAAGCCUGGCACUGGAAUUUUUCUCAUGUUAUCUAGAUUUUGUGUGGUUUUUCAUCUUCUGCCUUUGUAGCGAGUCAAAUUGGGCCGAGUUGGCCAUGAUGCCAUGAAUGUAGACAGCUAUGUCUUAAGUUAGUUUACAUUGCUUUCAACUUUUGACGUAGUAUGAUCAAAUUUUAAAUAAUUUGAAGGGGAGAACUUUUCAUUGCCAUCAAA